AUGCUUUCAACGUCUAAUUAUGAAGUACCUAAAGUGAAUGUAGAUCGUUUAUGGAAUUCCGGAACUUCAAUAAAUAAUAGAAAUUCUAGAGAAUUAGAAGUUUCUGAAAGAAUUUAUUAUUGA